CACCAUGCAAAGGUGACAAAGAGGAAAUUAGAAGCUUUAGAGCUGCAUGAAAGAGCUUUUGAGAAAGGUUUGACACCACCCAGGGUCAUAGCAAAAUACUCUGUUGGCAUUUCUGGUAAUGUGACUUGGAAUGAUGGUCAACAAUACUAUGUUGAUGCUGCCCUGGCUGAGUUGACUCCAGAAGAAGUUGAUAGUUUAAGACAGAGUCAAACAGCUGAAAUGAUUGGAACAGGAGAUCACCUAAGUGGGGAAUGCAGUUCAAGACUAAAAGCCAGUGGAGAACUGUGCAAGAGUGGCCGAACCACAGGAUUCACUAAGUCUGGUCGUCAUGUGCAACCAUCAAUGUUUCUCAGUGCUUCCUUAUAUGAAGUGAAUGCCCAAAAUGAGGGUUUGGUCAGUGUGUUGAAACGUGUCAGACUCUGUCAAAGUUGUAAGAAAAAAUCUGGAAUUGGAGAGCAAUUGGAGUCUACUGCUGCUGCUUGUGACUCUUGUAAAAAAGACACAGCCACUCUAUGUAAACGUCUUUGGUUAAAGAACUGCUUAUGUAUAGAUCAUCCAUUUGGUCUUGGUUAUGCAAAAGUGUUUGCAACUAAAGGAGAUUCUGGAGCAGUACUCUUUGAAAGAGAUGAAGAUAGAAAUCUUGAAGCUUUUGGCAUUAUCUUUGGCGAGCAUCGAGAUUCAUAUAAACUUUGUGCUUUAGCCACACCAAUGCAAAUUGCUCUUGAAAGCUUAUCCAGAAAGAUCUCCGAGGACACCAACUUGAGACUAAUUUCAAAUUAUGAGUAAAAAUGAAACUGUAAUUAAUGUAUUUAUGCUUAUUGUUGAUCAAGGUUUGUAUUCGUGAUUUUUUUUUUCAGUGGGGGAGGGGAGGUUUCACCUUUCAAAUGCUAAGGACAAAUGCCAUCCCCACUUCAAGAAACCGUCACCACAACUGUACAUAUAAGAAGAAGAAAAAAGUUACAAUGAACAUGAAAAAUUUGUUGAUCUUAGAAAAAUGGACCCCAUUGGUUCCCGGCAUUUCUUCGGAGAUAUCGCCGAGAUCUAGUCGAAAUCUCGGAAGAAAAAAAUGCUCCAUCGAACGAUAAUCGUUGUAUUACUUUUGAACAGAUUUUGUGGUAAAGUUGAGAUUACAACAACUUUUUUUAUAACAUCUUUAUUUAAAUCAUAACAUAUAGAAUAUAUUAUUAUUAAAAAAGGAUUAUAGAAGGGAGGAACUUAAUCCUCAUUGUAAACUAUACCCCAAAUGUAAAUAUUUAAUACUAUGCAAUAUAUAUAUACACACACUGCAACAUUUUACAUACAAGCAUAUAUUUAUAUAAGUAUAAAAUCUAAGUAAAGAAGACAUAUCUAAGAUAAAAAUUCUUUUGAAACGAUGAAUAAUUAAAUGAUGUACAAUAUAUAGAAUAAUUUAAUUUUGUACUUAUAGGCCAAGUUAAAUAAUGUUGAUUUUAGAGCCUUCUUAAAACUAUUCAUUAAGUUAAGUUCAACUACCGAUGACGGUAAACUGUUCCAUGUGUCAAUAUAUCUGUGCCAAAUUGCGUUGACCAACGAUUAUUACAAAAUUGCUACAGUCCUUAUUAAGAAAACGAGUAGGUCGCCUUGGUUACUAAACGCUGCAGUACCUUUUACAAAUUGUGUAAGCCCUUACAAAAUGCCGCUACCUUUAUCACAAAAUGCGUCGUUUUUACAAAAUUAUGAAAUAUCGUUGCAUAGCGCGAUCGUAAAUCAUUAGUGGUUUUGUAUUUGUUAACUAGGUGACGAGAAGAAGUUGACGUGAAGUGUCAUAAACCUUGCGCCUUCUCUUCUGCUCUCAAAUCACGUUUUGCUUUAUAUCUCCAAAAGUG